UAUUAAAUGAAUCACAUUCAACUAUGGAUCUCACAGUUACAGAGACAGUAGCACGACAUCGUGAUAUUGAACGUAUCGAAGAGGAAGGCUUUCAUCAGUCCACAUUCGUUUCUUCUUCUGGAGGAGAAAAAAAAAUCU